UUGUGAGCAGCUUCUUCAGUGAAAAAGUAAGUGUAAAGGCGUAUCGUUCCACUUGCCGCUAAGUUGAAGCAACAGUGCACAGGUUGAUGGUACAGAUUCGGCCGUUCGAAGCGAGAUCUUUAGUACACACGCGACCAGAUGGCAUCAAAAAAGGCGGAAAAAACUUCACGCUGGUACUUCGGAGGUUUGGCAAGCGCUGGAGCAGCAUACUGUACACAUCCGCUAGACCUGUUGAAGGUGCUCUACCAAACGGACAUCCGUAACAAUGUGUCGAUGCUUCAGCUAUCGCGCGAAAUUAUUCGAGACGAUGGAAUUACGGCACUGUACAGUGGCGUUUCUGCGGCAGUAUUACGGCAACUAACGUAUUCGACGACGCGUUUUGCGAUUUACGAAAUCGGCAAACAAUCAGAGUAUGGCAAAGAUAGUGGUUUUUUUGGUCGUAUUGUAAUGGCCGCAAUCGGUGGUACAGUGGGCGGGUUCGUAGGUUCGCCGGCGGAUCUUAUCAACGUGCGUAUGCAGAACGAUGUGAAACUUCCUCCAGAAAAGCGCAGAAACUACAAAAAUGCGAUCGAUGGCAUCAUUCGUGUGUGGCGCGAGGAAGGAUUCCGACGAUUGUUUGCUGGCGCUAGUUCGGCCACCGCCCGGUCGGUGUUUAUGACGAUCGGGCAACUUACGUUCUACGAUCAGGCAAAGUUUACGCUCUUCGAAACGGGAUACUUUACCGAUAAUAUCGGUACGCAUUUCCUUGCCUCGGUUAUUGCCGGUGGUAUUGCGACCACGAUGACCCAACCGAUCGAUGUCGUUAAAACGGUCAUGAUGAAUGCGAAACCGGGUGAGUUUAAUAGCAUUGGUGCAAUUUUGCGACACAUCAGCAGACUGGGACCGGUUGGAUUUUUCAAAGGCUUUGUUCCCCGGUUCAUCCGGCUUGGGCCCCACACUGUGCUGACGUUCAUAUUUUUAGAGCAGCUGCGAAUUAAUUUCGGUGUGUUAAAGUUACACUAAUCCAGUUCAUAAUAAUCUCAUUGAAUCCGAAGCUUGGCUAGGGGGCUUGCAAUUAAAACGUAGACUUUAGUAGGAAAAUGUGAUUAGUUUCUCAUAGUAAAAGUAUGACUGAUUUCGAAACAUAUAGUAUAGUUUUUGAUAAAUAAAAAUACCAAAUUUGUUUUUUA